UUUCUAAUUCCCAUUUUAUACCGAAUAUUUCGUCACCUAGUGCAUACGUGUUUGAAAGCAGGGCAAAUAGAUAUUUUAAGACAACUUGUAUAAUUUUUUUAAAAGAAAGAUAACCGUAUUUAAUCAAGAAAUCACGUGGCUUACGGCUUCACCACGUGGUUGUUGCUGCUUUUCAAACGGGAGGGCUCUGCUGGGUGUUGCAGCUCUUUUGUGUCAGCUUGUCUCUGCCCAAAAUCCCCAAGCGAAGAAAAAGUCUAUUUAAAAAGCCGGUCUAGCCGUAUCUCGCUUCUCUUCAGACAGCAGUCGUGUCCGUAGACAGAGCUCCUCAGCGUUCUUUAAGAGAGCUUUUGAGUUUUGUUAUUUUCAUCCCUCCCAGCACGUCCAUCGCCGUCUCAUUCUGCACCUCACUCGUAGUUUUUGAUUUUAUUCAUCAACAUGAAACUCGAAGGAAGAGAGAUCGAGACUAUGGCUAUGGGUGCUGCCACGGCGACGAAUGGCGACGCAACACCGGUGGACAUCCCCGGCCGUCGCCUGUAUGCUAAUGGCGGAAAUGAGAAGAAGAACGGCGCCAGUCUUCAUCACAAACAUCAGCACUCGUCUCGAUCUUCGGAUGACGACGAGGUGCCCGAUGAUGACUCGAUCAUGGAGCGGACGCCUUCUAUGAUCUUUACCGAUGCCGAAUUUAAUUCGAGCACGUUGCAGGGCCUCUCCAAGCUGCGCAAGAAUCGACAGUUUUGCGACGUCAUUCUGCAGGUGGGGACGUGGGAGAUUCCGGCUCACCGGGUGAUUCUGGCGUGCUGCAGCCCUUACCUGUUUGAGCUGUUUUCGACGGACGACGGCGGCAAGUGCAGCGAGGAGAACAUCAUCACCUACAAGCUCAACGGCGGCUUUGAGAAGGAUUCGUUCGAGCAACUCAUCAACUACGCCUACACGGGAAAAAUGGAAGUGGCGGCCAGUCAGGUCAAGGCGGUCUACGUGGCGGCCGUAAGGCUCAAGAUGGAGCGAGUUGUCAACUACUGCGCCCAGUACUUGGUCGACAACCUGGAUCCUGCCACGGCCAUCGAGAUCCGUUCCCUGCCCGGUAUCCAGCGCAACUCUGAAUUGGCGGCUCGAGUCGAUGCCUAUCUGGCGGAAGAGAUCACGAGCGUGGCCACCACAAAAGCCUUGCGCAACCUCCCUCUGGUCCAGGUGGAAGUCCUAGCCUCGUCACGGGAGGAAAUGGCUCUACGCGAUGCCAAUGUCACCAUUCUUUGCAAUUUAGUUUUGGAAUGGAUCCAUCGCAAUUGGGAGCCGGCUCAGCUCAAUGUCGAUCAGUUGACGGCUAAAACGCAUUUGCUUUACUUGAACUUGGACAAUUCCCUGCACGAUUGUGUCGACAUUGAGAGCGGCGACGUCAUUGAUUCGGACAUUGUCCAGGAUUAUAAGAAGAUGUCUCUUCGUCUUUCCCAGCCUGGCAGCAAGAAUAAACGCAGGGGGUCGUCACAGCAACCGUCCCGUCCUCGACACUCUCUUUACAGCCGCAAUAUUUCGGAAGUGGCGACUGGUUCGGAAACCAUUCCGGAAGAGUUGGAAUGGCGCGUAGUGGCCGCCACGCAGAUGGGCGAGAAGAGCAUCAUGGCGUUGACGGUCAUCAAUGGACGCAUGACCAAUCUUUCUGUUCUACAGAGACUUAACGCCGCCCCCAACGGCGCUAGCAAUAUCGACGGUAUGUUGACCCCUCUGUCGACACCUGGACAGUCUAGACCACCCAGUGUUGAAAGAUCCACCGAAUCUCUCAGCGCCAUUCCUCACAUGAGCACUCCUCGUUGCGCUGUUGGAUGUGCCAAUUUGAACAACGCCCUUUUCGUUUGCGGUGGCUACGAUCGUGGCGAAUGCUUGAGGACCGUCGAACUCUACGAUCCUUCUCUUAACCGAUGGAGCCAAUUACCGUCCAUGCGUGAGGCUCGCGGCCGUUUUGAUAUCGCCGUCAUCGAGGGUAAAGUUUACGCUGUCGGCGGUUGCAAUGGAACUACUGAAUUGGCUACGGCAGAAGUCUACAGCAGUGACAACUCAAAAUGGACGGCUUUGCCGCCUCUGGAGUUGGCUCGCUCUAAUGUUGCUGUCUGCGAUCUCGCUGGAAAGGUGUACGUAAUUGGUGGAUGGAAUGGCCAGUGUGGCAUGAAACAGUGCAAUAUAUUUGACCCUGUCGAAGGGAAAUGGACAGAAAUUGAACCUCUUAAUUAUGGCCGGUAUCAAGCUGCCGUGACCACCAGAUUGGGAAAACUGUAUGCCGUGGGUGGAUGUGACGCUUGGAACUGCUUGAACACUGUAGAAGUUUACGAUCCUGCAACUGGAAUGUGGGACUUUUUGCCACCCAUGAACACGGCUCGCCGAGGCUGUGGCGUUACCCUUUACCAGAACAAGUUGUACGUCGUUGGUGGCUCGGAUGGUACCCAGUCCCUGUGUACGACAGAAGUAUUUGAUUUCGAGACCAAUUCUUGGUCGCCUGGACCGUCCAUGACUUCAUGUCGUGCCAACAUCAGCGUAACAGUCAUCGAUGGCAAACUAUUUGCUGUUGGUGGAUUUUCAGGCAAAGUCUUUUUAAAUAGCGUUGAAUACCUUGACUCCGAGUCUAUGGAGUGGACGACUUUCGUCAACCGAACGUCAGCUGAAGAUACACGGUCAGAGGCUAGCGCUUUCAGCCGAAGAGAGUCGCAAAUCACCUUGCCUCCCGUCGAUGAAGAAAACAUGGAAGAGAAAAUCCCCGGCAGUCAAGCUGAUUCUAGCGGGUGUGAAUCUGAUGAGCAUUCAUCCUAAAAGAAGCGAAGAGAGAAAGAACAGCCAUUCCGAUAAAAGAGAGAGGGGAAAAAUGAUGUUCUAAAAUCCGCAAUCGACAUUCUAUCAAUCUCCUCCAACCCCCCAGGUUUGGUCCGGUUUUGUUUGAUUCAUUUUUACAGUCGGAAAAGGUAAAAAGGAAAAAGUAAGAUACGAAGCAGGAACACACUUUUUUUUUAAAUCAAAUUCUUUACAAAAAAAAAAGAGAUACGGGGAUUACUAAAUGAAAUUUUUUUUUUUCUCCUUCUCACCGGGGACCAUUGCUCACUUACUAAAACAUAAAUUGGAUUCUAAAUAGAAGUAGAAUGGGUAAUUAAAAAAGACUUAAAAAACUGAAUUAUUCUUCGUUAGCUCGACUCUCCGACAGACUAUAGAGCGAAAAAUUUACAAAAAAAAACUACUAUUUUUGAUGAUAAAACAAAUAAGUGCCAGUUGAAAAGUUCAGCAGUUUGCUAGAAAUUGUCCAAGGAAGUGUCGUCUGCUGAUGGUAGGAAUCAUUGCGGUCGGUAUAAUUAUGUUUUAAAUGGGGGAGAAAAAAAAAAGAAAAUUUAUACAUGUACACUGAUAGUCUCUCGUUAGGCGUUUCUAUCCUCGUUAUAAGAAGAAAAAAUGUCGGUGCAACAUUUUCACACAAUUUUUGUUGGAAUUGUUUCUUUCGUUCCUCUCUUGAAAACUACUUUGGAAUUGUUUUGCCCAAAAUUUUUGAACGUGGAAUUCGUCUGAGUAGCGAGAAUCGCUUCAAAUAACGCAAUGGAUUUUUUCUUACCCUUUUCUUUCUCCUCUUUAAGUUUUGUUUCAUCUUUAAAUUGCCAUUAAAUUAGAGUACACUUUACUGUGAUAGCUCGCGACGGAGAAAUGUAGAUUUCAAUUGGCCGACUAAGAAACUAGUUAAACAAAACACUCCGGUGCUCGCAGAUGAAUUUGUUUGAGAGUCCUGGCGCAUUCAUUUAUUCUGCAUUUCUCCCUCUGCAAGUUUUCCCCUCCACAUUUUCUCCUCCUUUUUGAUUUCUCCGUUUUAAUAUCAACACUUCCCAUUCGAGUAUACACUACACCUCACAUCUGGCCAUUACGUAAACCGAAUACACACUGCUGUCGUUGAAAUCGA